GGAGAUGCUGUGAGAUGGGGCCCAGGCGGACAGCUACAUUUCGCUGGGAGGAUGAACGCUGGACAAAUCAAGAUCCGCGGGCAGCGUCUGGAGCUCUCAGAGAUCGAGGCAGCCAUUCUCCGAUCCGGCUUGGCCAACGACGCUGCGGUCGUUCAUCUCAAAUCUAACAAGGACAAGAGCGAUUUGCUUGUCGCAUAUGCUGUCGCCACCACGCCAGUAUCGCCUACGGAGUCCCUCGCUCUCUCAUCGCGGCUACUCGAGACGCUGCGCGAAGUCCUUCCAUCGUUCAUGAUCCCCCACCUCGUGUGCUGGAUCCUGACCCUUCCUCUCUCGCCCAACGGCAAGGUGGAUCGUCCCCAGCUCCGAGCCCGCGCCGCUGUUGAUGCCGACAGCAUGCUCAACAACAUCACAGAAGAGGAGAAUGCUUCUGACGAACCCGAGGAUGAGGUCGAGGAACGCCUCUGUAGGAUCAUAGAGGCUCUUCUCCAUCGUGCACCAAUCCGCCGGACCUCGAACUUCUUCGACGCGGGCGGUCAUUCACUCCUUGCCUCCCGUUUGGCGUUCCGGAUACAAGAAGCUUUCGCUAUUCCGUUCGCUCUGAUGGAUGUCUUC